GGAGAUGGUCUGGAACAGGUGGCUACAUUUGGUUGACCAUUUGCUUCUCAUCAGCCGUCCAGCGAUGGAGCAUUGGUGCGUAUUGGUGGUGUGUCUCAUAAUCGGCGCAGCUAUUCGGGUGGCGUGUGAAUUGGAAAUAGAUGGCCGAUCUGAUUCCGCCGCAAUCGAGCCCAGAUACGAUCAUUACGAAAUGACUCGGUAUUGGUGGCCCUGGUUCAGUGAUGUGGCUUUGGUGAUCUUCAUCAAACUGAAGAUCUGGAUAGUGCUGGUGGCGAUGCUCGUUUUCGGCGAUGGCUACUAUUGGGCCAAGACGAGCGGACCCAGCAUCUUCGAGCAAAGCCAAUGGGUUGGCGGUUGGGGCCGAAGGAAGCGACGAUCGGUUGGCGGAGAGCCUGCCGAUGAUCCUAGCCUGGCGGACCGCAUCUUUAACACUCUCGAGAUCGGUGAUGACUCGUGCCGAAAGUGGGUCGUUUGUGAGCUGUACCUGGAAGCGAAACGUGUGCCAGCGAUAUGGGAAACUUUGAACGGCCAGGGUUAUGAAGUUUUUCGAGCCUAUCGCCCGAAGCAGGUUGCUAACAGUUCAGCCGAGUGCCGAAAGCAGCAUCCGUGUGUGUUAGUGAGCCACCAAAGUUCGCCCAAACACUGA